GUGAGCGUACAGCAUCAUGGAGUCCAAGAAACUCACCAGAGGAGUCAGGGAUAAAGUUGUAAAGAACUUUAAAGCAGGAUUAGGCAAUGGCGGAGACAUUGCAGUAGCCAAGCGAUGGAUCCCCUGGAGGUUCCCCCUCUCACCCCAACGAGUAAGGAGGUGCUGUGCAAGGCCUUGAGUGACAGUUUUGCCGGUUUCACCCAGGAGAGACUCACCCACCGCUUCCCGCAAGAUGUCACCUUAUGGUCUGAGUGGGAGGUGAAUCACUGGCUGGACUGGUGCCGCGCUGAGUUUGGUCUGCACUUGCUGGGCUCAGAACUGAAGGGCCUGCAGGGUCAUGAGUUGUGUGGCCUGGACCGUGAGGCUUUCCUGGGCCUCACGUCUGACUAUACCGCAGGAGAGAUUAUGUGGGAGCACUUGGAGAUCAUGAGACGUGAGAAUGAUGGCGUCUGGAGUGCUGCACAGACAACGUGCACAGAAUCCUUCCUCUGCCAGCCUCCUAGCAUUAAAGAGAGCGACUCCGAAGCAGAGACAUCUUCCAGUGGCAACUUCCUGUGGACCGACACCGAGGUGCAGUGUGAGGACAUUUUCACUUUAACACAACCGUACAAAAGCUUCAAGGAGUAUGUGGGAGACAAGACAGACGUGGGCAAUGCGGUGAUACCAGCAGCCAUGCUCGCUGGUUAUACUGGAAAUGGUCCCAUUCAACUGUGGCAGUUUUUACUGGAGCUGCUGACUGACCGCAGCUGUCAGUCAUGUAUCAGUUGGACGGGAGACGGUUGGGAGUUCAAGCUGACUGACCCUGAUGAGGUGGCGCUGCUGUGGGGACGCAGGAAGCACAAACCCAAGAUGAACUAUGAGAAACUGAGCAGGGGCCUACGCUACUACUAUGACAAGAACAUCAUCCGGAAGACGGCGGGCAAACGCUACGUCUAUCGCUUUGUCUGCAACUUGCAAGAGCUGCUGGGAUAUGAGCCGGGGGAGUUGCAUGCCAUGUUAGACAUCGGCGCCAAAGCCUAGUAAUUAAAACAUGAGCGGGAGCAAAAUUUUCCGAUUAUUUUAUCCAGCCACUAUGGUAAAUACAGACCUUUUUUUUUUUUAACAAACUCUAUCUAUUGGGCCAACCUUUAAGUGAACCUAAAAUUUAUGUGGCCAGAUUUUUAAACCAUGAAAAGAAGGCAAGUGGACGUGCUGAUUUAAUUUUACAAGCCAGUGAACAAGUUAUCAGACAUGCAGCGAGUGAGUGCGGCAGGAU